AUGGGUGACGAUGGUGAAGAAGAGUGUGGUGUAGAAGUUUCAAAGGACGAUGUUAAGGAGAUCAACAAGUUGGCUGGUCGUUUUUUCACUAAAAGGGUGCUGAACGUGGAAGCAGUGGGCCGCACCUUCAAACCGUUGUGGAAACUGAAAGGAGAGGUAAAAAUCCGUGAUCUGGGUGAUAACAUUCUUGUUUUUGAUUUUGAAGAAGGGCUUGACAUGGAGAGGGUUUUAGAGUCAGAGCCUUGGUCGUAUGAUAAGCAUAUGGUUGCUUUUGAACGGGUUUCAGAGAUUGAGAAUGUGCCAUUGUUGGAGUUUGGUAGAGUUACUUUCUGGGUUCAAAUUCACAAUGUACCUGAGAGAUCUCUAACCCAUUCCACCGGCAAAUUAGUGGGUAAAACAAUUGGGAAGGUGUUGGAAAUUGCUGACCCAAAGGAUGAUGGUGCAGGCAAUGAGUUCCUUCGGGUGAGGGUGUCCAUUGAUAUUUCAAAACCUCUUCCGAGGUGUAGGAAGCUAUAG